UGUGCAUACACAUGAGCUUCACGUCUUCAUGUGUCAGCUGAUUCGUAAAUGUACAUUUUACAUGAACAUAUCUACUGUACAUGUAAUGAAGGCCUACGUAUAUGAACACGUGUGACUUGGGAGGCCAUUUUCAGUGUUCCGAAUUCGUCGAAGGCUAGGGAAGUGUUUCCAAGGAGUGUCAUCCGUGGGUUUUUUCUGGAGGUAACGCCGAUCCUAGUUGGAGUGAAAAUGUCUAGAAAUGCUCUUUCAUUGUUCAGUCAGCUUUUUGGCAGGACACAUGGAGUUAUCAUUGGAAUGAUACAUGUCAAGGCUUUACCUGGCAGUCCACGCUACCGACUUCCUGUGAAGGAUAUCAUCCGUCUAGCUUGUGAGGAAGCAGAGGGCUACAGGCAAGCAGGUGUGGAUGCCAUAAUAAUUGAGAACAUGCAUGAUGUGCCAUAUCUACAGGCUGAUCAUUUGGGGUCAGAGGUCACAGCAAGCAUGACAGCAGUGGCCAGCAAGGUACGAGAGGUGUGUCCCAGCAUGCCUUGUGGUGUUCAGAUUCUCUCGGGUGCCAAUAAGGAGGCAUUGUCCGUCGCAAUGGUAGCAGGUCUUGAUUUCAUCCGAGCCGAAGGCUUUGUAUUCUCUCACGUUGGUGAUGAAGGUUUCCUAAACUCCUGUGCUGGUGAGCUACUUAGGUACAGGAAAAACAUUGGUGCUGAGGAAGUGAAAAUCUUCACUGACAUUAAGAAGAAACAUUGCAGCUCUCAUGCCAUCACAGCAGACGUUAGCAUUGCAGAGACUGCCUCUGCUGCAGAGUUCUUCGGCAGUGAUGGAGUAAUUGUAACUGGCAGUGUAACAGGCCAAGAAGCUAGUGUUCAGGAAAUAAAGGAUGUCCAGGCAUCAGUCGACAUUCCAGUUCUAGUUGGCUCAGGAGUGACUCUCAGCAAUGUGGAGCAGUACCUUGGUGCUAGCGGCCUCAUUGUAGGAUCACACUUCAAGCAUAAUGGACUGUGGCACUACCAUCCCGACUUUUCCAAUGUUAAAAAGUUCAUGGAUAAGGUCCAAAAUCUACGUGGUGACCCAGCAAAAUGAUGGUAAGCUUUAGAUCACGUCACUAAAUAAACCGUCUCGAGAGUUGUUGCUUCAUUGUUUCCUCAUGGCCAAUUUAAACUGCUCUUGAGAGCCAAGUACACCUAUCAGUUUACAGUGAUCAGCCUAAUAACAGUUUGGGUCCAGGGCUAGUUGUCAAGUUCAACCUAAAUGGUGCAUGUGUAAUGCAAUCAGAUUUGAGAGAAUAUCUGUUGUCCACUAUUCCCUAGAUCGCCAUGGAGCAAUACAUUUCUACAUGUUAUAUAGUUACACAUUAAGAAGUAUAGAUGUGUCCUUGCUGACUUAACAAAAUGUGCAUUUUCCUCCAUUAAGGUAUCAUUGUUGUCAGAAUUCUCCAUUAAUUAAUUCCAUAUUUUAUUCCUUUUUUCUAUCAGGUCAAUUAAUGUCAGAUAUUUUCUAUUUUUAAUUCAUAUCAACUAUUGUGAAUAGUACAGAUUGUGUUUUGUUACAAUCAUUUUCUGGCCUGCAUCUAGUCCUUUUAGUUACAGUGGCCCUAAAGUGAGCACACUGUGACAGUUGUAUCAUUUUGCAUGUAUUAAAUGGUAGUAACAUAUCACAACCAAUCACACGUCAUGCCUAACCCCUUAUACUGAGGAGUUUGUUCAGGGGCUUGUAAAAUGAAAGUCAGAACCAUUGGUCUCCCCUAAUGGGAAAUCAGAGUAUUUCUGGGAUCAUUUGAGAGAAUUUGCUGGUAUCUUGCUGAAAACACAAGCUGUACCCGGAAAUAAAUGAAUGAAACAAAUGGAAAGAGGGAUAAUUUUCAAAGGAGAAAAUAUCUUUAUUUGCACACAUCAGACCUCAAAACUUUAUCCAAAUAAAAAGAACAUUUUACUGUAAUGUCAAACUGGAACCAAGCUAAAUAAACAUCUACAUUCCUCUCAAUCCAUACUUCCACAUUUGAAUCAAACAGAUGAAACAAUUCCUAACGUCACUAGCU